CUGCUUUCCAGUUGGGCCUUCUGGAAGGAGAAAUAAGUGACUUGCUGCGGGGCAUACAUCAAGUACGAACACCCCAACCGGGAGCUCGUGAUGAAAUCGCACACGUGGAGGAAGAUGGGUACAUUAAACAGAAGGAAAUUGGUUCAGAGGAUAUCUGCUCUAUUUGCCAAGAGGUGCUUUUAGAGAAAAAGCUUCCCGUCACCUUCUGCAGGUUUGGCUGUGGCAAUAAUGUUCACAUAAAAUGCAUGAAGGUCUUAGCUAAUUAUCAGGAUAUGGUAUCAAACACAUCCAUGUUGAAAUGUCCUCUGUGCAGGAAAGAUUUUGCACCACUAAAACUUAUUUUGGAGGAAUUUAAAAACUCUAGCAAACUUGUGACUGCAGCUGAGAAAGAGCGACCAGACAAACAUCUUGGAAUUCCCUGUAACAGCUGUAAACAAUUUCCAAUUGAGGGGACGUGUUAUAAGUGCACUGAAUGUAUAGAAUUUCACUUAUGCCAGGAAUGUUUUGAUAGCUGUUGUCAUCUUUCUCACACAUUUACAUUUCGGGAGAAGAGAAACCAGAGAUGGAAAUUACUAGGGAAAAAAACAGAUGCAGUUGUAAAAUAUGCAGAUAUUACAAAGAAGAUAGAAGAAAAGAUGCCACAUUUUCAAGAAAAGCAAGGCCAGGUUUACACACCAAAAUAUGUUGUAAAGUCACUACCUCUCCUACUGAUUACAAAACAUAGUAAGCUGCUUGCUCCAGGCUACCAGUGUCGACUUUGUUUAAAGGCAUUUUGUCUUGGUCAACAUACAAGGUUGCUACCAUGUACUCACAAGUUUCAUAGAAAAUGUAUUGACAGUUGGUUAUUCCACAAAUGCAAUUCAUGCCCUAUUGAUGGACAAGCUAUAUAUAAUCCUUUAAUCUGGAAAGAUACAGCAAUGAAUGGACAAGGGCAUCAGUCUGUUUCAAACAUAGACAUCACUCAUCCAUCAAAGCAGGAAGAACCAGAACUUUUUAUUCCUGGUACUGGAUUAGUCUUAAAACAAAAUAAACUUGGAACUUUACCUAGCUUACCUCAACAUAUUUCUGAAAAAUCUAAAACACCUCCAAGUCCAACAGAUAUCUAUCAGAAUAUAACAGUAGAUGACCUUUGCUCUGUAAAGUUGGAUAAUUCAAGUGCAAGAAAAUUAAUCUAUGAAUAUAAAAUCAGCCAACAUUUCCCCAAGUAUCUUCAGGAUUUACCCACAAGAUCAUUUGAGAAAAUGUCAUCUCAAACCUUUUUUCCUUCUAUUGCUCAUAAAAAUAUUACAUGUCUCACUGGAACGGAAAAUUCAUGUAUCAGUGAAAAAUACCGCACCAGUCAAAGCCAGAAGAUGACCAAAAGCUGUAAAUGCAUUAACCACAAUCCAAAGAAGACGCUUGGUACUGAAAUAAGAGAAGACAACAGGAUCUCAAAUACUUUACAUCCAGAGGAUAUAAAUCUCAUUGUCAAUUGGCAUACAACUAAACUUAGUUUGUCCAAAAGAUAUAAUAAUUGUAUGGGGAAAAUUAGAAAAAAAGGUAGUCAUCUAUCAAAACAACCUAUACCUCAUUCCUUACAUACAAAAAGUACUGAACUAUCUUUAAUAAUGGAAGGAGUUCAAUUGUGA